AUGACGGUCACAGUGAAAGUGUUUCUCGAAAGAACCAGUGGAUCAAAUGAGAUCCGCAGAUUUCCGGUGAAUACCUCAGCUGGCAACGAUUUCUUUACAACUACCAAGGAGAAGAUCAGACAGUUGUAUCCAGUCUUGGCCAGUGGCAAUUUUACUCUUUACUGGCAAGAUCCUGAUGGAGAUCGUGUUGCAUUCUCAUCAUUGGAAGAGAUGAGAGAGGCGCUAACACAUGUAACUGAUGGAGUCUUACGGGUUUAUGUGUCCGGUAUCAGUGGACAGGCAGGGCCGACAAGUGACGAUGAGCCUGUGCAUCCUGGUGUCAGAUGUGACGCCUGCCGGGGUCGUGUGAAGGGUAUCCGCUACAAGUGCUGUGUGUGUCCCGAUUUUGAUCUCUGUCAGGCUUGUGAGAGCAAGGGAGUGCACUCUGAGCACGACAUGUACAAGAUAAAUCGUCCUCCUUUAUAUGUAAGAUUCAUUCUAUUUUCUUAUGUUUCGUCGUCUUGUGACUCAAAUCCUGGCAUGUUCAGAGGAGCCAGCUUCCAAGCCAAUGCUGAUGCUCAUCAGAAAGAGAAGAAGGGUGACAGACCCUCAUUUGAGGAAUUUUUCAGUCAGUUUGGAUCCAACAUUUCUAUUUCAGUAGAUCCUUCUGGGGUGAAGGUGAGCUGUGAUAACCCUGACAGGCCUGGAAACCAGCAGGGAGAGAACUUCCAUCACGCCUGGGGUUCAAAGGGCAGUGGCUGUCCAGCUUGGGAGCACAUGUUCAGGAGAGCUCGUCAAAACAACACAACGAAAGAUAGCGAGACUGAGGCUGCUAACAAAGAUAGGGACACUGAGGGAGUAGGUGCGGGACCAAAAACGAAUGUCCCAAGCAGUACGGAUACUAAAGCAGCAGCAGCUCCUGCUUCCCAGGACAGUGAUCAGUCUACAGGACAGCCAUCUGUCAGACCUCAGACCAACCUGUAUCCCAACCUGCAGGUACAACAGAGUUUGGAUCAGAUGUUGGCCAUGGGAUUCUCAGACACCGAUGGCUGGUUGACCACCCUGCUGACCGAACACGAUGGCAACAUUGGGGCCACUCUUGAUGCCAUCAUGCAUAAAGCCACUGAGCAACUGGACAACAUCCAUGGAGGUCGCUGA